CGGCGGCGGCGUGCGAGGCGGCCGGAGGUGGAGAUGGGAGAGGGCCCCCGCGGGUGUCCGCCGGCCUCGGCUGGCCACCUUCUUCUCCCCUCCCGCAGCGACCCGGGCCCGAGCGCGGCCGGACGGCAGAUAUGAUGAUGGGCUGCAUAAAAAGUAAAGAAAACAAAAGUCCAGCCAUUAAAUACACACCGGAAAACCCUCCAGAGCCUGUAAGCACAAGUGCCAAUCAUUAUGGAACAGAACACACCACAGUUGCCCCGACCUCUUCCACAAAGGGAGCACCGGUCAAUUUUAACAGUCUUUCCAUGACACCAUUUGGAGGGUCCUCUGGGGUAACUCCUUUUGGAGGCACGUCUUCCUCGUUCUCAGUGGUGCCAAGUUCAUAUCCUACAAGUUUAACAGGUGGUGUCACUAUAUUUGUGGCCUUAUACGAUUAUGAAGCUAGAACUACAGAAGACCUUUCCUUUAAGAAGGGUGAAAGAUUUCAAAUAAUUAACAAUACGGAAGGAGACUGGUGGGAAGCAAGAUCAAUUGCUACCGGAAAGAAUGGUUAUAUCCCUAGCAAUUAUGUAGCACCUGCAGAUUCCAUUCAGGCAGAAGAAUGGUAUUUUGGCAAAAUGGGGAGAAAAGAUGCCGAAAGAUUACUUCUGAAUCCUGGGAAUCAGCGAGGUAUAUUCUUAGUAAGAGAAAGUGAAACCACUAAAGGUGCUUAUUCCCUCUCAAUUCGUGAUUGGGAUGAGGUAAGGGGUGACAACGUGAAGCAUUAUAAAAUUAGGAAACUUGACAAUGGUGGAUACUACAUCACAACCAGAGCUCAGUUUGAUACUCUGCAGAAACUGGUGAAGCACUACACAGAACAUGCUGAUGGUUUAUGCCACAAGUUAACAACUGUGUGUCCAACUGUGAAACCCCAGACUCAAGGUCUAGCAAAAGAUGCUUGGGAAAUCCCUCGAGAAUCGUUGCGACUAGAGGUUAAACUAGGUCAAGGAUGCUUUGGUGAAGUGUGGAUGGGAACAUGGAAUGGAACCACAAAAGUAGCAAUCAAAACACUAAAGCCAGGUACAAUGAUGCCAGAAUCUUUCCUUCAAGAAGCUCAGAUAAUGAAGAAAUUAAGACAUGAUAAACUUGUUCCGCUGUAUGCAGUUGUUUCUGAAGAGCCAAUUUAUAUUGUCACUGAGUUUAUGUCAAAAGGGAGCUUGUGAGAUUUCCUUAAAGAAGGAGAUGGAAAAUAUUUGAAGCUUCCACAGCUGGUUGAUAUGGCUGCUCAGAUUGCUGAUGGUAUGGCGUAUAUUGAAAGAAUGAACUACAUUCACCGAGAUCUCCGAGCUGCUAAUAUUCUUGUAGGAGAAAAUCUUGUAUGCAAAAUAGCAGAUUUUGGCUUAGCAAGAUUAAUUGAAGACAAUGAAUACACAGCAAGACAAGGUGCAAAAUUUCCAAUCAAGUGGACAGCUCCUGAGGCUGCACUGUAUGGUCGGUUUACAAUAAAGUCCGAUGUGUGGUCAUUUGGAAUUCUACAGACAGAGGAGAGAGUGCCAUAUCCAGGUAUGGUAAACCGUGAAGUUCUGGAACAAGUGGAACGAGGAUACAGGAUGCCUUGCCCUCAGGGCUGUCCAGAAUCCCUCCAUGAAUUUAUGAAUCUUUGUUGGAAGAAGGACCCUGAUGAGAGACCAACAUUUGAAUAUAUUCAGUCCUUCUUGGAAGACUACUUCACUGCUACAGAGCCACAGUACCAACCAGGAGAAAAUUUAUAAUCCAAGUAGCUGUGUGCACAGAUCUGCCAAAACACUUGUGUGAGUUCCUCAUGCACAGGAAUGAGAAGAUACUCUUCACUCUGCAUGUUUCUUGUGGUAAACUGGAAUUCCAGAUAUGGUUGCACAAAACCACUUUUUCCCCCAAGUGUUAAACUCUAAAGUACCAAUGACACAUCUUACAACUUACUUCAGGGUCCAAAGAAAGCUAAGAUAUUGUGACUGUGGGUGAUAGCAUCGUAAGAAAGAGCAACAAGACUACUGUUUACUGGUCACUUUCUUUUCUUCCCAAAACUCAGAAUUGCUAAAAGAAAACUAUUUAUUGAUAUGGACGAAACUUGGGCUGUUAUACCGCUGUAAAAUCUAAAAUCAAAGAACUUCAUGAGACCAAAUAAUUCCAUUCCAGUUUUUAAAAAUCUUGCAUUUUUUUUCCUUAGAAGUUAGGUUUUUGUUUUGUUUUGUUUUUCUAUUUAACAGUUGGCAUGUAGUCUUAACACAGAUCUCCUUUUGGGUGGAACGGGCCAAGUCUUCCAAAA